UCAGAUUAGUCAUUGUUUUGGUUCUUCAAAUUUGUGUAAAAAUUAUUGGCCGAAAAAUUUAAACUCAAUUACUAAUCGAAGGAUUUAAAGUCCCUGGAAGGAAAUGGCAGCAAAUUUAGCAAACGUUCCGGAAUCACUGAAAGCCAUCAGUCACUAUCUGAAGACGGCCCAGGAACACGACAGCAGAGAUGCCAUCGUCAGCUACUGGUGCAGAUUGUACGCUCUGCAGCUGGGGUUGAAAAUCAAUAGCCAGGGUUCGGAGGAACGUAAAUUCCUGAUCGGUAUCAUGGAUUGGCUGGAACGCGCCAAGAAGGAACAUGCCGAGAACGAAUCGAUUACGCAUGAGGUAGCGGCCCAGGCAUAUCUGGAAAACUACGCAUUGAAGUUGUUCCUGUACGCAGACAAGCAAGAUCGUGCCAGUAAUUUCGGGAAGAACGUUGUGAAGGCUUUCUAUACGGCAGGAAUGAUCUACGAUGUACUGCAGACGUUCGGUGAAUUGACAGAGGAGGUAACUCAGAAUCGGAAGUACGCCAAGUGGAAGGCUUCCUAUAUUCAUAAUUGUUUGAAAAAUGGGGAAACACCUGUGCCAGGUCCGAUGAAAUCAGAAGAUGAUGAUGAGUUCGAGAACGAGCUGGCAAAUCUGAAUCGUGAUGGGGCGGACGAGAAUCAGGGAAGAAAUGAACCUGCUCCGGGGCCAAGCCAUCAACCCACGGUGCCCUAUCCGAACAUGGGAUUCCAAAACUUCCCACAGCAACCCGGUGGUGGGCUAAAUGUGUUUCCCCCACCGAAUCAGGGAUUGCCUUCGGGUCCUCCGUCAGGUCCCACCAGUUUCACCACAGCGGAUCCAUUCCGGAAUGUCAAAGCGCCAACGCCACCAAGCGAGCCGGAGAAACCGCCCGGUGGAUUCCAACCGUACACGGGCGAGGAGGCGGUUGCUGCACCACCGGCUGCCGUGGCUGUUGCCGGUGUCCAGUUGACACCAGACCAGCUGACCAAAGCCCAGAAGUAUUGCAAAUGGGCCGGAAGUGCACUUAACUACGAAGACGUCAAAACGGCCAUCGAUAAUUUGCAAAAGGCGUUGCGUUUGCUGCAAACCGGACGUGAUAGUUAGAUCUGCGAAAGGCUUGGAGGCCAAAUUUGUGCUGACUUGCGCGGCUUGCUCACAGUCGGCGUUCAAUUGUAUUUGUGUUUUGUUUAUGUUUUUUUGUAAUUUACUACGUGUAGUAAGUGAUAGGUUUAUGUUCUUCGCUAUUCCUAUCUGAUGUGUGCGCUUAAAUAUUAACAAAAUAAAAACUCAACAUCGUUAAAUUCAGUUUACAAAACUUGAAGGGCUUCUGAUCAAAAGGUUGAUAAAUUCUUAGAACUCACAUUGUAUAGAACCACUACCAGCUUGAGCGUCACGUUAAUCGAAGUUUAAGCAGCAAUAUUCAAUUAUAUUAUAGAAAUACAAACAGAUGUACUCAAA